AUGUCUGGCCAUCUUGACCCAAAAGCCCUACUGGAUCCUCGGCAGCGCUCCAUCAGCGAAGUAGGCACCAUAUCCUCCGCCGGAGACACCACCGUUGUUCCUAGCAUCAACACCGCUGAAAUUCCCCAAUAUCUCGAUGCUGGCAACGAGAAGCGCUUCCCCCACGAUCCCAAUAACCCUUUCAAUCACAGCCCCGAGGUCUUGAACCAAUUGCUCGACCCCAAGUCCCUCGAUGUCCUCAAAGGUCUCGGCGGGCUGCCGGGCUUGGCGCGCAGUCUCAAUGUUGAUCUGAAAGCAGGUCUUAGCGUUGAUGAGCUUAAUAACCAGAACUGUCCUCGAAUCAAAGUCUUUGGCCGCAACCAGCUUCCCGCCAAGAAACCAAAGUCGAUUUGGCGAUUGGCAUGGAUCACGUUUCAAGAGGCAGUGCUCAUCAUGUUGACUGUUGCUGGUACGAUCUCUCUUGCGCUUGGGCUGUAUGAGACUUUUGGUGUUUCGCAUCAACCGGGUGAUCCUACACCUGUUGAUUGGGUUGAGGGUGUUGCGAUUCUCGGCGCUGUUCUCAUCGUUGUGGUUGUUGCUUCGCAUAAUGACUGGCAGAAGGAAAAGGCGUUUGUGAAGCUCAACACCAAGAAGGAUGAUCGCGAGGUCAAGGUUGUCAGAUCGGGAAAGUCGAUGCUUGUCAACGUCGUUGAUAUCGUUGUUGGCGAUGUUAUGAACCUUGAGCCGGGUGAUUUGAUCCCCGCUGAUGGUAUCUUCAUCGAUGGCCAUAACGUCAAGUGCGACGAGUCAACUGUCACUGGCGAGUCUGAUGCUUUGAAGAAGACACCUGGUGCCAAGUGCUUCGUCGACGAUCCUAUGCGCAAUAAGGAACCCGAUCCUUUCAUCAUCUCUGGAUCUCGUGUCCUUGAAGGCAUGGGCACCUUUGUUGUUACCUCUGUCGGCGUGAACAGCAGUUUCGGCAAGAUCAUGAUGUCGGUCCGCACAGACAUUGAGUCUACACCUCUCCAGAAGAAGCUUGAAGGUCUUGCCGUCGCUAUCGCUAAGCUUGGUGGUGGUGCUUCACUCCUCAUGUUCUUCAUUCUCCUCUUCCGCUUCUGUGCCUCUCUUCCUGGUGAUGAUAGACCAGCUGAGGAGAAGGCUUCUACCUUUGUUGAUCUUCUCGUCGUUGCCAUCGCCAUCAUUGCAGUCGCUGUACCUGAGGGUUUGCCACUCGCUGUCACCCUUGCGCUUGCUUUUGCGACAACGCGUCUCUUGAAGGAGAACAACCUCGUUCGUGUCCUCAGAGCGAACUUUGGUACGUCACAUCCUCCCAGCACAACACAUCUUCUAACAUCUAAGACCACGAAUAAAAUGACUGUCACCGCUGGCCGCUUCGGUUCCUCGAGCUUCACCUCCGACAUUCCCACCUGGGCCACCACCCUCUCCCCCGAAACCCGCAAACUCAUCACCCAAUCCGUCGCCAUAAACUCCACCGCUUUCGAGGGGACCAACGAAGGCGACGCCGCCUUCAUCGGCUCCAAGACCGAAACCGCACUGCUCCAACUCGCCAAAGACCAUCUCGGCAUGCAGUCCCUCUCCGAAGCACGAGCGAACGAACAAAUCGUCCUCAUCGAGCCCUUCAACUCCGUCAAGAAGUACAUGCUCGCCGUGAUAAAGGUCCAAGCCGGAUACCGGGUUCUCAUCAAGGGUGCCUCGGAGAUCAUGGUUAGCUUCUGCUCUACUGAAGUCAAUCCAGCGACUAGUGCUGUUGAGGCGCUGGAUCGCAAGGCUGCUGAUGAUGCGAUCAUGGCUUUUGCGAGGAAGUCGCUUCGUACUAUUGGGUUGGUGUACAGGGACUUUGAGGAGAUGCCUGAUCUUGAGAACUUGGGUGACCUGACCCUUCUCGGUAUCGUCGGUAUUCAAGAUCCUGUUCGAGAGGGUGUUCCUCAAGCUGUGCAGAACGCUAGACGCGCUGGUGUUGUUACACGCAUGGUCACGGGUGAUAACCUCGUCACAGCACGAGCUAUCGCCACAGAGUGCGGUAUCUUUACCGACGGCAUCGUCAUGGAGGGUCCAGACUUCCGGAAACUCUCCGAGGAGGAGCUUGACAAGAUCAUUCCCCGUCUUCAGGUCCUAGCUCGUUCUUCACCCGACGACAAGCGUGUUCUCGUCACGCGUCUUAAGGUCUUGGGCGAAACAGUCGCUGUGACUGGCGAUGGUACUAAUGAUGCGCCUGCUCUCAAGGCAGCGGAUAUCGGAUUCUCCAUGGGUAUUUCGGGGACAGAGGUUGCAAAGGAAGCGUCUGAGAUCAUCCUUAUGGAUGAUAACUUUGCUUCUAUCAUUACUGCGCUGAAGUGGGGACGGGCUGUCAACGAUGCGGUGCAGAAGUUCUUGCAGUUCCAAAUCACCGUCAACAUCACAGCCGUUCUGCUUUCAUUUGUUACAUCCAUGUACGACGAUAAGAUGGAGCCUAUCCUCAAAGCAGUUCAGCUUCUCUGGAUCAACCUUAUCAUGGAUACAAUGGCUGCCCUCGCUUUGGCCACCGAUCCCCCAACUGACUCCAUCCUCGACCGACCUCCUCAACCCAAGUCAGCCCCCCUCAUCACCAUGAACAUGUGGAAGAUGAUCAUCGGCCAAUCCAUCUUCCAGGUCGUUGUCGUCCUGGUUCUCUACUUCGCCGGCGACUCCAUCCUCGGCUACGACACUUCCAUCGCUGCCGAAAAGCUCCAACUCGACACCAUCAUCUUCAACAUGUUCGUCUGGAUGCAGAUCUUCAACGAGCUCAACUGCCGUCGUCUCGACAACAAGUUCAACGUAUUCGUCGGCAUCCACCGCAACCUGUUCUUCAUCCUCAUCAACGCCAUCAUGAUCGGUCUGCAGAUCGGAAUCAUCUUCAUUGGAGGCCGCGUCUUUGACAUUGACACUGAUGGUCUGAAUGGUGUGCAGUGGGCUAUUUCUAUCCUCAUCGCUGCGUUUAGUCUGCCGUGGGGUGUGCUGGUUAGGAUCUUCCCUGAUGAGUGGUUUGCCAAGGUUGUGUACUUCUUUGCGCCGCCUUUUGUGUGGGCUUAUAACUGGAUGGGGAGGGGUUGGGCGAGGUUUAUGAGGUUAUUUAGGAGGAGCAAGAAGGCCGAUGUUGAGGAGGAUGGUAGUUCUUUGGAGGAGAGGCAGAGUAAGGAGAAAUCUUCUGGUGUUGGGCCCAUGAUUGUUGAGCCUAGGAACUAA